AUGCCCAUCACUCAUCUCCCACUCGAUCACCUACUCUCAUCGACCUCGCCUGAAGACUUCACCGCUCGAAGGCAGUUAUCCGACGUAUCUACUGCUAUAGCCAAAGCUAGACGGGUGGUGGUGGUUAGUGGAGCAGGGAUAAGUUGCAGUAGUGGUAUACCCGACUUCCGAUCUGCCGACGGACUAUAUUCAUUAGUAAAAUCCCGAUACCCCGACUCCUUCUUCAGCGGUAAAGAGCUCUUCUCAUCUGGUCUCUUCCUAAAUCCUCAGACAACUUCCAUAUUCUAUACGUUCAUCGCGGAACUCUCUGCCGAAUGUAUGAAAGCUCAACCAACCAAAACGCACCAUUUCAUUAAGAAACUCGAGCAGAAAGGUAAACUCCUCCGAUCUUAUACUCAGAAUAUAGAUGGUCUAGAACGUAGACUGGGACUCGAAUCGGGCGGUAGGGGACAAGGAUUUAAGAAGAGAGAAACUCGAAAUAUAGAAUUACACGGUGAUCUCGGUAGAGUCAGGUGUGUAUUGUGUAUGAAGGAUUUUGAUAGGACUUUAGAGUGGCUGGAGAUGUUUAGAGAGGGCGAGGCACCAGAUUGUCCGUCUUGUUUGGAACGAUCACAAUCGCGUAUAAAUCGUUCUGCCCGAGCUACAUCUGUAGGAACCCUGCGUCCCUCUAUAGUCCUCUAUGACGAGCCUCAUCCUCUCGGAGACGACAUCGGAUCAGUAACUACAUAUGACUUAUCGCGUCAACCCGAUUUACUGCUUAUCAUGGGAACCUCAUUGAAAGUUCACGGGUUGAAGAGAUUAGUGAAAGAAUUUGCUAGAUCAGUCCAUGCUCAGAAUUCAUCUACUACAGAUAGCAAGAACAAGAAGAAGGGGAUAGUAGUAUUUGUCAAUGCUACUCCACCAGCCGCGAAGGAAUGGGAAGGGGUGAUAGAUUAUCAUAUUCAGGGAGAGACCGAUAAAUGGGUUGAAAGGGUUGAGGAAGAGUGGAAGAAGGUGAAACCUUCUGACUGGCAAACUCAGACUCGUUUGGAUGGCGAGAUGGUCGUUGUGGCUAAACCUAGGGCUAUCAAAGGAAAAGGUAAACCCAAGGCGAAGCCUCUCGCCAACAGCGACAAACCGAACCAGCCCAUCCAACUCCCUACACCUCGUCCAACCGCUUCUCCACGUUCGCCUGCCAAACAUCAGCAUCAAAAUCAACUUUCUUCAUCGCCCAUCCCCUCAAAAUCGCAGUCAAAAUCGACUUCUCGUUCUACGCAUUUAGAUUUCGGGUCAGAUUCUGAAUUAAGCGAUGUACCACCCACGCCGCCCACGCCGUUUUCACCCAGUAAAAGAAGAUCCAACGCGUUUGAUAGUCCGAGUAAGAAGACUAAAUCGUUUGACAAGGAUAUUCCAAUCACGGGUGUGAAUGCUACACCGGGCAAAGGUAAUUUGUUCGCUUUCAGUAAGAAUAACAAUACUGCUAUUAAUGCGGAUGAGAAGGAAAAGGAAAACGAAGAUGAUUGGGUUGAUGAAUGGGAGGUAUUCAACGAUUCGUCGAAUCAAUCUAAACCGAAAUCCACGUUGGGUCUUUUGGCUUCGGGUGGUCAGAUUCAAGGGAACCGAAGUAAGAAUAAGAUCCUGGGAGAACUAGAAGAGAAUAUAUUUGGCUCGAAUUUUGCGGAGAAUAGACCACUACAAACUGCGAAGGCUAGAACCCGGAGCACGAGGGUGACUAAAGCCGUUCCGGUAGGCAGUCCGAGAGUAAGAAGGACGAGGAAGGUAGCUAUCAAAGCUUGA